GUGGACACAGAAACACCAUGAAGAUUAUUUCCCCGAUUCUAAGUAAUCCAGUCUUCAGGCGCACCAUUAAACUCCUGCUCUGCUUACUGUGGAUUGGAUAUUCCCAAGGAACCACACAUGUAUUAAGAUUUGGUGGUAUUUUUGAAUAUGUGGAAUCUGGCCCAAUGGGAGCUGAGGAACUUGCGUUCAGAUUUGCUGUGAACACAAUCAACAGAAACAGAACGUUGUUGCCCAAUACCACCCUAACUUAUGACACCCAGAAGAUAAACCUCUAUGACAGUUUUGAAGCAUCCAAGAAAGCCUGUGAUCAGCUCUCUCUUGGGGUGGCUGCCAUCUUUGGGCCUUCACACAGCUCAUCAGCAAAUGCUGUGCAGUCCAUCUGCAAUGCCCUGGGGGUUCCCCACAUACAGACCCGCUGGAAGCACCAGGUGUCAGACAACAAAGAUUCCUUCUAUGUCAGCCUUUACCCAGACUUCUCUUCACUCAGCCGCGCCAUUUUGGACUUGGUGCAAUUCUUCAAGUGGAAAACUGUCACAGUUGUAUAUGAUGACAGCACUGGUCUCAUUCGUUUGCAGGAGCUCAUCAAAGCUCCAUCACGGUACAAUCUUCGGCUUAAAAUCCGUCAACUACCUGCCGAUACAAAGGAUGCAAAACCCUUACUAAAGGAAAUGAAAAGAGGCAAAGAGUUCCAUGUAAUCUUUGACUGUAGCCAUGAAAUGGCAGCAGGCAUUUUGAAACAGGCAUUAGCUAUGGGAAUGAUGACAGAAUACUAUCAUUAUAUCUUUACCACUCUGGACCUCUUUGCUCUUGAUGUAGAGCCCUACCGAUACAGUGGUGUUAACAUGACAGGGUUCAGAAUAUUAAAUACAGAAAAUACACAAGUCUCCUCCAUCAUUGAAAAGUGGUCAAUGGAACGGUUGCAGGCACCUCCGAAACCCGAUUCAGGUUUGCUGGAUGGAUUUAUGACGACUGACGCUGCUCUAAUGUAUGAUGCUGUGCACGUGGUGUCUGUGGGCGUCCAACAGUUUCCCCAGAUGACAGUCAGUUCCUUACAGUGUAAUAGACACAAACCCUGGCGCUUUGGGACCCGUUUUAUGAGCCUAAUCAAAGAGGCACAUUGGGAAGGUCUCACAGGCAGAAUAACUUUCAAUAAAACCAAUGGCUUACGAACAGAUUUUGAUUUGGAUGUGAUCAGCCUGAAGGAAGAAGGUUUGGAAAAGAUUGGAACUUGGGAUCCCGCCAGUGGCCUGAAUAUGACAGAAAGUCAAAAAGGAAAGCCAGCCAACAUCACAGAUUCCUUAUCCAAUCGUUCUUUGAUUGUGACCACCAUUUUGGAAGAACCCUAUGUCUUGUUUAAGAAGUCUGACAAACCUCUCUACGGGAAUGAUCGAUUUGAGGGCUAUUGUAUUGACCUCCUCAGAGAGUUAUCUACAAUCCUUGGCUUUACGUAUGAAAUUAGACUUGUGGAGGAUGGGAAAUAUGGAGCCCAAGAUGAUGCCAAUGGACAGUGGAAUGGAAUGGUCCGUGAACUGAUUGAUCACAAAGCUGACCUUGCAGUUGCCCCACUGGCUAUUACCUACGUUCGAGAGAAGGUCAUCGACUUUUCCAAGCCCUUUAUGACACUUGGAAUAAGUAUUUUGUACCGCAAGCCCAAUGGUACAAACCCAGGCGUCUUCUCCUUCCUGAAUCCUCUCUCCCCUGAUAUCUGGAUGUAUAUUCUGCUGGCUUACUUGGGUGUCAGUUGUGUGCUCUUUGUCAUAGCCAGGUUUAGUCCCUAUGAGUGGUAUAAUCCACACCCAUGCAAUCCUGACUCAGACGUGGUGGAAAACAAUUUUACCUUGCUAAAUAGUUUCUGGUUUGGAGUUGGAGCUCUCAUGCAGCAAGGUUCUGAGCUCAUGCCCAAAGCGCUCUCCACCAGGAUAGUGGGAGGCAUUUGGUGGUUUUUCACACUUAUCAUCAUUUCUUCGUAUACUGCUAACUUAGCCGCCUUUCUGACAGUGGAGCGCAUGGAAUCCCCUAUUGACUCUGCUGAUGAUUUAGCUAAACAAACCAAGAUAGAGUAUGGUGCGGUGGAGGAUGGUGCAACCAUGACUUUUUUCAAGAAAUCGAAAAUAUCUACAUAUGACAAAAUGUGGGCCUUUAUGAGUAGCAGGAGGCAGUCAGUACUCGUCAAAAGUAAUGAAGAAGGAAUCCAGAGAGUCCUCACCUCUGAUUAUGCUUUCCUAAUGGAGUCAACGACCAUUGAGUUUGUUACCCAGCGGAAUUGUAACCUGACACAGAUUGGCGGCCUUAUAGACUCCAAAGGUUAUGGCGUUGGCACCCCCAUGGGUUCUCCAUACAGAGACAAAAUCACCAUAGCAAUCCUUCAGCUGCAAGAGGAAGGCAAGCUGCACAUGAUGAAGGAAAAGUGGUGGAGGGGCAAUGGUUGUCCAGAGGAAGAGAGCAAAGAGGCCAGUGCCCUGGGGGUUCAAAAUAUUGGUGGCAUCUUCAUUGUUCUGGCAGCCGGCCUGGUGCUCUCCGUUUUUGUGGCAGUGGGAGAGUUUUUAUACAAGUCCAAAAAAAACGCUCAAUUGGAAAAGAGGUCCUUCUGUAGCGCUAUGGUGGAAGAACUGAGGAUGUCCCUGAAGUGCCAGCGACGGUUAAAACACAAGCCACAGGCCCCAGUUAUUGUGAAAACAGAAGAAGUUAUCAACAUGCACACAUUUAACGACAGAAGGUUGCCAGGUAAAGAAACCAUGGCAUAAAGCUGGGAGGCCAAACACCCAAGCACAAACUGUCGUCUUUUUUUCCAAACAAUUUAGCGAGAAUGUUUCCUGUGGAAAUAUGCAACCUGUGCAAAAUAAAAUGAGUUACCUCAUGCCGCUGUGUCUAUGAACUAGAGACUCUGUGAUCUAAGCAGUUGCAAUGAUCAGACUUGAUUUGCAAGCAUCACGGAUCAACCAAGUUACACUGGGUUACACUGUUUAUCAUGGGUUCCUCCCUUCUUCUGAGUGAAUGUGACAUGCGCAUUUUGUGGCUGGUUUCAAAUGCAGUCCAGUAGGAAAUUACAGGUUCCUUUUGAAGUCCAACUGUUGCCAGGAGGUGGAAAAUCGAUGCCCCAAGGGUAACCAGUAAAAAAAAAAAAAAAUCGUUAAAGAAUAAAAAUACUUGGAAUCAGCAAAAACUGUAGUGAUACAAGAAACAGUACAGUCUUCUGACACCCAGGUAAUAGAGGUGAUGAUGUUACUAGCCCCCAGCUACUCAGUAUAAUAUCAUCUGAAUAGACGAUAUGUGUUUUUAUAGGAUGUGAAAAAAAAUGUAAUGCAAAACAAAUCUGAAUUUCAUGGCAAGUGGAAUAUAAAGCAGAUAUUCAUCAGUGUUUUUCUUUCUUUCUUUCUUUCUUUCU